CAACCUCGCCCCAUCCCCACAGAGGUUAAAACACGAGGAGGAGCGCGCGCUGGUUCGAUGCCGCUGACCGAGGAAACACCCGCAGAUACCUUUACGCGCAGCCAGUUUGCGCCUAGUUGCGACUCGUCCGGAGCAGAGUUUGGACUUCAGCAGACGGAGGAUCAGAGAGUGAUCGCCCCCCCACAGCGACUGAAGAUGAUUCCUGUGCUGAUCUGGGCUCUGGUCUCUCUGAGCGUUGCAGACAACAACCUGGACGUCCUGUAUCCUGAACUGGAGCACUCCAGAACCAUCUAUGUCACAGAAAAUGGGCCUCGUCUCUCUGUAGCGGCCGAGCAACCAAAGGUGGUGUCGAGACGAGGGGGAAACGCAACGUUACCGUGCAAGAUCCAGAGGGACCAAUCACUGGGACCCAGUCGUAAGAUGAGGAUCAAAUGGACCAAACUGACCUCCGACUACCUGAAAGAGGUGGACGUGUUUGUAGCCAUGGAUUUUCACAAACGGAGUUACGGGAGUUUCCACGGGCGUGUCUACCUGCAAGGCUCCUCCCCGAUGGAUGCUUCUCUGGUCAUCACUGAAAUCACCCUGGAGGAUUAUGGGAGAUAUAAAUGUGAAGUGAUUGAUGGGCUGGAGGAUGGAACGGUGGUGGUGUCUCUCGACCUGGAAGGUGUUGUCUUUCCCUACUUCCCCCGUCUGGGCCGCUACAACCUGAACUUCUACGACGCUGAGCGGGCCUGUCGGGACCAAGACGCCAUCGUAGCGUCCUUUGACCAACUGUAUGACGCGUGGCGGGGAGGGAUGGACUGGUGCAAUGCUGGUUGGUUGAGCGAUGGCUCAGUCCAGUACCCCAUCACCACCCCCCGAGAGCCCUGUGGGGGUAAAAAUACCGUUCCUGGCAUCCGGAACUACGGCCUCAGAGACAAAGAGAAGAACCACUACGACGUCUUCUGCUUCACCUCCUUCCACAAAGGCCGCUUCUACUACCUGAUCCACCCGUCGAAGCUGACCUACGAUGAGGCGGUUAGAGCGUGCCAGAAAGACGGCGCCCAGAUCGCGAAGGUGGGCCAGAUGUUUGCCGCCUGGAAGCUGCUGGGCUACGACCGCUGCGACGCCGGCUGGCUGGCGGACGGCAGCGUCCGCUACCCGAUCGCCCGCCCACGGCGGCGCUGCAGCCCCACCGAGGCCGCCGUCAGGUUCAGUGGCUUCCCUGACAAGAAGCACAAGCUGUACGGAGUUUACUGCUUCAAGGGCCACAACUGAGCCACGUCCUGCACACACCUCCACACAGUAAACUAGCAUGCACAAACAUGUAAACAAGUAAACAACCGGACGGAGGGACACAUUCAAACUGUGAUGCUUUAUUUCUGAUCCAUGUUCCACAAUCUGGGACCUGAUUCUCAACAGAGAUAGUUUACACAUAUUUAAGGUUCAUGUUAUUUAGUCAAUGCCUUUGAGGGGGGGGGUCGGGGUGCUGGG